AUGACACCACGAAUCAUGGGUACGCAAGAAAACCUGACAAGCUGUGUAGCUGUAUACAGUGUUCAAUUCGACUUAAAAGUAGGCCCCACUACUCCAUCGAGAGACUUCCCCGUAUCCUUCAACCACGACAAAGCAGGUCGAGGGUACUGCAAGUGCGAUGAAUGGUUGACGGUGGAUAGUGAUCGCACGAUGAGCGACAACCCUCGAGAUGCACGAGAUCGUCAACGAUCUUCUGACGAUGGAAUAGUCGUCUUCGUUGAGCAACGAAUCCGUACCGUUCUCGGUUGGCCGAGUGAUGUUUUUUCCAUGGAUUGCGUUGCCAACAAUGGUGAUUCGGAGAUACCGCACACGCUCAUAAUAUUUAUUCCGGGAAAUCCAGGUUUAGUCGAAUGGUAUUUACCCGUCUUCAAAGCGCUUCUGGAACGUCUGGGUUCGGGGUACGCCGUGCGAGGAGUGGCCAAUGUGGGACAUUCGCGCUCUCCGGAACUAGUCGACGUCGAAGCACAAGGGAACAAAGCGAAUUUAUCAAUCCCUUGGACUGUCAAAGGCCAAGCUUUGCACAAAAUGGCCUUUGUGGACCUCGUUACCCGGGACUCUAUCAAGCAACGAGAGCAACAUGCUAUAAAACUGACAGGGACAGGAACCAAGGCGGCUUUUGGAGGGGGGAAAAGUGCGAUAUUGCCACCCCACCUCAUUUUUGUAUCGCAUUCCAUCGGCUGUCAUUUUACGCAGCGUCUAUGUGUUUGGAGGCCCGAUUUGUUGUCCCGAACGUGCAUGUUUCUAUUCCUCAUGCCGUUCAUCCGGAUGGAUGCCCCCGCUGCGCAACAGACAAUCUUGAAUCUUGCUGCAUCACACCCGGGAUUGAUCAUUCGAUGGCACGAGGCAAUUAUGCGCGUGUUGAAAAGCAUGCCACGCAGUGUUGUGGAUCGUCUGAUGCGAGGAACCAUAAGGGAACAAGCUGGCCGGGAUGUGGCGGUUGAUCUGGUGCGACAACCAAAGUUUGCUCGCAACUUUUUCCAACUCGGUCUGGAGGAAGUGCGCAUUCUUCCGCAAACCUACGAUGUAUCUGGCUUGCAAAUUCUCGGCGAACAAUGCCCGGUGUACAUUUUGAAUGCGGGGAACGAUCAUUGGUCGCCGGAAUCACACAUGGUGGACUUGUUGGAGUUGCGAGAUCAAAAGCGUAUACCUUCGACCGUGUCGGUGCAGUACGAACCAUCCUUGCGUCACGACUUUGUGAGUCACGUGGACCAGAUUCCGGUGGUCGUCGAGUUUUGCGUGGACCGUAUCGGAACACAAGGCCACCAGGUGGGCACCAUGGCGACGAGAUUCACCUCCGCAGCCGGAGCGCGCUCGCGACUUUAA